AUGCAGCAAUCAGAUCUGGCACAAGAGGUCUUCUCUUCCUCGCGGCCGAGCCUCUACUCAAGAGAGUCCAACCCUUCCCUUAGAGUUGUCAGCAAUCGCACGCCAUCAUACCACUCUGACAGGGCCCGAACCGGAUCUGUUAGACACUCUUUGCUGGAAGGUGGGAAAGCUCGCUUGGACUCCUCUGAUAUGCCUGUACCGCCUAUCCUCACUCGAAUGAACUCGACAGAUACAAUUACUCCAAUGGCCUUGAAGAAGGAUGAUCACAUUGAGCACCAUAGGGCAUCAAAAGUUCGUGCUGCAGAUAUUGAUGCUGAUCAAGGCUACUACGGUGCAUCCAAAGUCCGACCGGCCGCCAUGGAGCCUCCUGAAGUGCCAAACAUCAAUAAAAACCACCACAAUACCCUUUCUGAGAACCAAAACGGAUACAAGGGGGCCUCCAAGGUCCGUCCCGCGGAUAUCGUUGAACAAGAGAACUCCCUAGGCACACCCAGUGUUCGCUCAAUAAUGCCUUCCUUUGACACGAGACCUAGUCGUUAUGGGCGCCCUCAGUAUGAAUCAAAAGUUCGUGCAUUGUCUGACGAGACUAUUCUCUCAUCGGACGAUUCAAUUCUCGGCCACGGGGAUGCCCAUGGCGGUCAUAGCUGGGUUGGGAAGGUUCAGUCUUUCCACAAUGCGUCAUCGAGACCGGUGGUUAGCAAGAGACUGCAAUCGAUUCCUCAUCUUGCAUUUUCCGAGAUCACAGAGGAUGACUCACAGGCAGAGGUGGGACAAUCUCAAGCUACUUCAUAUUAG